GAUUUGAACUGAAAUGCAAAAGGUUAGUAAGAAAAUACGUGUAUUUACAAUUAACCGUAAGAUAGAUCAAGAUGGGUUUUGUGAUUUUGAAUCAUGGGAAACGUUGUAAAGGGAUUAGGCGGGUAGGUCAAAGUAUCCUUGCUUACGAUUGUUUAAGUGUCUUGAUUGUGUGUCAACCUUGUUGAAAAAAAUCAGCAUCAACUUAUUUAAAAAGGAACCAAUUCAGCCAUUCUGCUUGAGCAUCUCUGCAUUUGAUUUGAGCAUUCUCUAUUGCCAACAAUCAUGGGUAAAGGCAUCAAUAAACUGUCAAAGUCGCAGAAAAGUGUGCCGCCGAAGUCGCAGACCCGGAUUUCGGCGUUUUUCGGACGGGCUCCGGCCGCGCCCGCCACUGCGGCGUCCGACGUCAUCACCCACUCCGCCGGAGCGGUGCGUCGCUCCCCACGAAAAAGACCUGCUCCCGAUGACGUCAUUAGUGUCGCGAAGCCGCUCAGCACCUCUCAGGCUGUGCCCGCCCCGCCGUGUGAGAUAGACCUUGACGAUUCUUGCGAGGUGAUUCCGAACAACAUGGGGAGAAACGAUCGAGGGUCGGAGAAGGAGAACUGUUUGACUGGUAUUUCUGACUGGACUAGUGCGACUGAGAAGGGUUUAGAUUCUGGUGCUGGUGCCGGUGUAGGAUAUGCCCCCAGUGAUGAUAAGUGUUUCGACAGUGGUGCUAACGUACUUGGUGAUACAGACAAACUCGCUGUUCCUGAUGGAACUCGGUUAGUACAGAGACUAACCAAGAGACCCAGAAACGGGCCGGAUGUGUCCCCAGAUAGAAAACGAUCGAACGUGACGUCAUCCACCGCGGCGGACAGCGUUAGAAACCCUUCUGCCGCGGUAAGCCACCUGAGAAGAUCUCCGAGGAAGCUGAAUGGACCUGCGAAGUCGCUCACGAUGACCAAUUUCCCUCGGAGGUCGCCAAGAAAACCUUUAACCCGAUUACCCGGAGAGACAGCGCCCAGAAAAGGACGAGACGCGGUCUCCGUGGAUCUCGAGCGCGCACUGCUGGCAGGCGAGGUAGCCGCCGGCGUUCCGGUGAUCAAAGUGAGCCCGAGUGCGAGGACUUCGGCCGGACAGAUAGCUAGCGCCGAGCAACCGCACGGCAAUGAUAUCAAAUGCGAGAUAGGUACGAAUGCAGUGAGUAAACUGCAGUCUGCCAGUGACACGACCGCUGUGGCAGUGGACGGUGCUCCGUACGGGUCAGUCGAAAGGACAGAGGCGCGGACGGUUAGUGAGGGCUCCGGGCCGGUGAAGGUGAAGGCGGAGGAUGCGGGCUGUGAGGUGGCCGUGGCGGCGAUCACACCCCAGAAGAGGCCGCCCUGUCUCACUCCGGAGCCAGAGGAAGCGUCCGCUCUGCUGUUCGACUCGAUGGCCGACCUCUUCUCAUCACCGUUCAAGGAGGAAGGAGACUGCAGGUCAGAGGUCACCGCGCCGCUCCGCUCCUCCGACCCCGGCGUUCCCGCCUGGCAGAGGUUCGACCGCUACACUGUCAGCUUCGUGGAGCGGCUCACAGAUGGCAGCACCGUGCUGUCGCUGCGGGCUACCGAGGCCGGCCAGCGAGACCGCUCCGUCACCCUGCGCGGCUCGUGGUCCUCGACACGUGUGGCCGCCGGAGACACUGUGCACGUGCUACACACCUCCAAUGGUGACGUCAUCGACAACCUGGCUGGCCAGCUGGUGGUGCGGCCGGACCGCCUCCUCUCCGGCACCAGCGUGGUCUCGGCCGUCUUCUGUGCCCGCAAGGCCGUGCUCUCUGAGCUGUUCCGUGGUCUGGAGCCCGGAAAUAAAGCCAUGCUGGUCGGAACGAUGGUUCACCAGCUGUUUCAGGAGGUGAUGAGGAACCGCCUCUGUACAGCCAGCGCUAUCCGGUCGCGCGUCUCCGAACUACUGCGCCAGAACUCAACCGUCAGCGCCGCAUACGGCGGCAAUCUCUCCAGCGCCGAGCUGGUAGAGGAGCUGGAUCAGUUCGUGGCGCCCAUCCUGGCCUGGGUGCGGCGCUACGCUGAGUGGGGGCGAGACGCAGAGGUGGCGACACCUAUACAGGGAAAAGUGGCGACGCCAGCGCCACGCAGCGACGAGAUCUGGGACGGCCGGGUAACGGCGCUGAAGGAUAUCGAAGAGAACUACUGGUCACCACGGCUCGGCAUCAAGGGAAAAAUCGAUCUGACUGUUGAAGUCAAGUGCAGAAAACGUCCUACAAAGGUGUUACCCCUGGAGCUGAAGACUGGCAGACCUACGUUCUCUGCCGAACACCAGGGUCAGGUGACGCUCUAUUCCAUGAUGACGUCAGAGAGGAGGCCCGACCCCGGCGCGGGACUGCUGCUCUACCUGAGGACGGGCGGUAUGCGGGAGGUGGCGGCCGGGCCGCACAAUCAGAGAGAUCUGCUGCAGCUGCGGAACGAGCUAGUCUACUUCCUGAGCGCUGCCCCAGCCCCCGCCGACCCCGCCGCCGCCUCUGUCGACCCCGCCGCCGCCUCUGUCGACCCCGCCGCCGCCUCUGCCGACCCUGCCGCCGCCUCUGUCGACCCGCUGGGGGAGCUGGAGCUGCCUCCGCUGCCAGAGGUCAUUGGCAACGAGCGGGCCUGUCAGAAGUGUCCCCAUCUGGUGGCGUGCUCGGCCUACCAGCGACCGAGCGAUCCUCCUCACGCGGUUCCGGACGGUGCCUCACACCUAUCCCCGGCCCACCUGGCCUAUUUCCUGCGCUGGAGCCUUCUACUGCGCCUCGAGGCUGCUCACUCGGCCGACCAGGUCUCUAUGGCGCGGCUCUGGUGUCUGCCGGCGGCCGAGCGGCAGGCGCGCGGCCACGCGCUGGCCCGCUGCCGGCUGCUGGGUGCGCGCCGCACCCCAGCCGGCUGGGUGCACCGGGUGCAGCGUCCGCCGGGUGCGCCGGCCACCCAGCUGGCGGUGGGUGACCUGGUGAUGGUCGGAACCGACCUCCGGCUGGCCGUCUGUAUGGGGAACCUGACCGAGCUGAGCGACACGGAGGCCGCGGUUCUGCUCGACCGCGACCUGACCUCGUACCCUGGCGGCGCCGAAGAGCUGUACCACGUGGACAAGUGCGAGUACCAGGUGGAGACGAGCAUGGGCACCUACUUCUCGAGUCUGGCCCGGCUACUGGACAACAACGAGCACAGUCGGCGGCUGCGAGAGCUGCUCAUAGACCGUCGUCCGCCGUCGUUCCUGCCGGGUCUGGGCCGUCUGGUCAUCACCAAGUGUCGUGACAUCCUGAGGCCGCUGAACAAACUGCAGCAGAGGGCCCUGCUGCGUGUCAUGAUGGCUGAGGACUACCUGCUCAUUCAGGGCAUGCCGGGCACAGGCAAGACGUCGACAAUCGUGGCGCUGGUGCGUCUAUUGGUGACCAUGGGCCGCUCGGUGCUCCUCGCCAGCUACACCCACUCGGCCGUGGACACCGUCCUGCUCAAACUGAAGGAGCAUUUCACCGACUUUGUACGACUGGGUCGGCCGGGCCGGGUCCACGCCGAGCUGCAGAAAUUCAGCGCAGAGAUCCAGACACAGUCGCUCACCACGCCGGAGGAGAUGGAGAAGUUCUACGACUCCAAGCCCGUGGUGGCCACGACGUGUCUGGGCACCAACCACCCGGUCUUCCAGCGCAGAAAGUUCGACAUCUGCAUCAUCGACGAGGCCUCACAGAUCGUCCAGCCGGCGGCGAUCGCGCCGGCGCUGCUGGCCGGCCGCUUUGUGCUGGUCGGCGAUCCCGAGCAGCUACCCCCGGUCAUACAGAGUCCGGCAGCGCGCCGCAGGGGUAUGGACGAAUGUCUGUUCAGUCGACUGGCCGCCGAAGGCAAUACGGUCCAGUUGACCCUGCAGUACCGUAUGAAUCGCGCCCUUACGGCGGCGGCGAAUCAUCUGACGUAUGACGGGAGACUGAGCUGUGGGUCGGAGACGGUUGAUGCGGCGACUGUGAGGACGAUGGAGAGCAGACCAUCUGACCCGGUGUGGCUGUCGUCGGCGCUCCACCCGUCCAUGGAGCGCUCACUGCUGAUGCUCGACACCUCCGACCUCGACUGGCGGCACUCGAGUGACGCCCACGGCGCGGUCUCCAACGCCGCAGAGGCCGCACUCGUGGCGCACAUCGCCGCCGAGAUGGUCGAGCGCGGCCUGCCCGCCGCGGACCUGGGUGUGAUUGCGCCGUACCGGGGCCAGGUGAAACUGCUGCGCGCCUCCCUGCCCGCCGCCGUGGAGGUGAACACCGUGGACCAGUACCAGGGCCGGGACAAGUCGGUCAUACUGUACUCGUGUACCCGCACCGCAGCGCGACGCACCGACUCGACGGGCGACAGAGCGGACGGCAUGGAGACCACGGACAUCCUGAGCGACCACCGGCGGCUGACGGUAGCCGUCACACGCGCCAAGCACAAGCUGGUGCUGGUCGGUCGGCGUGAUGCUCUCACCACGUACCCGCCGUUCGCCCGGCUGUUCGGACACCUGGCCGGCGAGCGGGUGCUCCGACUGACCCCAGGUCAGGUCAGCUCGCUCACAGCGGCCCACGAGGUCAGCUGAGGUCAGGUCAGCACGAGUGCGGGGUGGGUGAUAGGCCCGAGGUUGUCGGUGGGGUGGGCGAUGUCAGAGAAGUUGUUGGAUAACGAGAAGGAGAUUAGUUGCUUCGCUGCCAGAGGUCGCACAAAAGCCUGGGAACGGGUUGUGUGAUCCCAAGUCGACUUAGUCCUAUUGGGAUAAUCUCUGUCGCAUUAUAACGUAGCUGACAGCGAUUAUUAUGUUUGCUGAAUCGAAUGUUUGCCGAUGGGUUUGGAUGAUGUCGUUGGUCCAGUGAUACUGUCCAUUGCCGAGUGUCCCAUGAGCCAUACCAAGUCGCCAAAUGGUUGGUACAAUCGACAAACGAACGAAGGCUAGUCUGAAUGCGGAAAUCAAUUGAGGCCACAGCGAAUUUAACUUUUCUCAUCAAGCUUGCAACACAGACGAUCAACUCAAAGUACAAAAUAAUUUCAAUCGAAGUACGAUAUCGAAGUUCAAUUGCCGGUGCAUUUGUUUGUAAACAUUUCUUGGUUAAAACAUCGUUUGUAUAAGUCGGGUGUAAUUUGUGUUCAGUUAUUGUGAGCUUCUAUAAAAAAAACUACUAUAAAAACUACUAUUAUACCUCGCUCGCUUCCAUGCCGUCGCCUGGCAAUCGUAUUGGACCACUUGAUAUUGUAAAUGUUAGCCUGUUGACUGUGGUACUGCGCUCCUUUCACUGCCAUUUGCGACCUGUGUCAACCUGACCGUUGAGCUGUGUAGCAUUGCAUCGCUUUUAUAUGCAUCAUGGGUGUUACUUGAUGCAUGCCAUGCCACAGGAAGCUCUAUAGUUCAAAUAUAUCGCAAACUACCUACUUC